UCGACAUGAGCAGCGCGCACCAUGUCCUUCAACUACGACCGCUAUGACCGCCGCCAGCCCGCGACGCGCGCGCGCUCGACCUUUGGCUACUGGGUGCCCCUGGUCCUGACCGUGACCGUCGCGACCGCCGGGCUCGCCGCCUGGGUGUGGUCGGAGCGCCGCGACGACGAAGACGAGUCGUCCGAGGACGACAACCUCAGCUACGGCGAGGACGAGCGCACGCCCCGCGGCCCGCACGCGCCCCUGGACCGCGACGCGACGGGGCUCUCGCAGGGCGUCGCGCACCCGGACGCCCUGAUGGCCCGCGUGCAGGGCGUCAUCCGCCGCACCCCCAGCCCGCAGCAGGUCUUCGACUCGGUCAGCAAGAAGACGGCCGCGGGCUGGGCCGCCGCCGGCGCCGCGCUCGCCAGCAUCCGCGAGGAGGACAAGGACGACGCGUACGGCGACCACAGCCGCUGGUCCGAGGAGGCCGCCAUCCGCCGCAGCCUCGACGCCCAGGCCGCCGACCAGCCGCGGGUUGCCUCGCGCAGCGCCAGCAACCCCGCCGCCAAGCGCAAGACCGUCGUGGUGGUCGUGUCUGCAGAGUCCCUAACCGACACGCCCGACGACGACGCCCCCUACCGCUCCGAGAACGCCACGCUCCUCUCGCACCUCCCACCCACCGACUUCUCCCAAACCCGCCUCUUCAUCCUCAUCUACUCCCCGACCCUACGCUCGCACCCGCCCUCGCGCGCGCCCUCCCCCUCCCGCUCGCCCCUCGGCUCCUCCUACUCGGCCAUCGGCCGCGACGACCUGACCCCCGUAGACCCCACCGUCUACACGCCCGCGGCCUCCGUGCACUCAACCCCUCUGCACGCCUCGCUGCUCGCCCAGGCCGCCGCCCUCGUCGAGCACCCCGCUAUGGCGCUCCCGUUUGCUACGCCCGGUGGGCAUGUGCAUAUGCUGCGCCACCUUGCGCCGGAUCUGGUUUACACUGUUGACGCGCUGGCGGGCGAGGGCCGGUAUGUCGCUGAUGUGCGGAGGUGGGUUGGGCAGGUGGUUGUUGUUGUGGGCGCGGGCGGGUUGGUGGAUACGGAUGAUGAGGCUGCGGGGCACGGGGAGGGGGCGAGGGGGAGGUGGUGGGAGAAAGACGAUAUGGUUGGGUUGGGCAAGGGGGUCGAGGUUGUCGAUGUGUCGCGGUUCGAGGACGAUUUUGAGAGGAGGGUUGGCGGGAAGGAGUGAGUGUAUGAUGUGGUUUGUGUGGCUUUGGCUGGUUUGGUCAUGUGUUGAUGGUUAUGCGUACGCGGCGAUGAUUAUUGCAGUAUUAUACCUAAGUAUCAGUUUCACAGCGGCGUCACGUGCUUAUUCUGGUUGGUAGGCCGAUGGGGG